AGGACCUUAUUUAUUCAGGAAGGUCUCAAGCGGUUCCGGCGUGAGGACGAGUCCAUAAAGCGCAAGAUACUAUUUUAUAGACUUCAGUGUCAUCUGCAGUGGGAUUGCGCGUACGAGCACCACCACGUUGUAGCGGUUGCCAUAUUAUAAUGCAGAGGCGGUUACAAUACCAUAAUCGAAGUUCUAAUUGAUUUAUAUAUAUAUAAAUUCAAUUACUGUUAUAACUGACGGUGGGUGAACCCCGUGCCUCGCAAGAAGUUACGCAUUAGGAAUAGUGGCAAUAUCCUGGCUAGGUAGGAGUGGGGAUGAUCCAUCACAGCUGAGCCCUAUUCUUGAGUAUUCCCCAUACUUUUACGACAACGAUGGGGCCUAAUCAGCAAUCAAAUGUGGGGAUCUACUUGCUCGAAGUAUUUUAUUUGUCACGAUGGUAGUUAUGUGAGAUGUGACGUUGGUAACUGGCUGAGGUGACAUCCGAGCAGCUGUCGGCUCAUGGAGUGACGAAAGUCUAUAUAGGAUUACAGACCAUCAUUGAUUAGAAGACAUUUUAUCUUCUUGAGCCUUGGGGUAUGGAACCGAGGGCUAAAAAAAAUGAGAAAACCGAGGUGUAUAGGUCUGAAUAAUCACGCUGGAGAGUCCCUUGCUCCCCCCGCAUCGAGUGAUAUAAAGCAAGACAGUUCCAAGUCGUAUCUCUCAUUAACUAUCUUUAUCUCGGUAUUGUGACCUCAGAAUGUCCCCGAUUCAAGUUCCAAAGUCAAGCACCCACACCAUGGGGCAAGAUAUCCAAGUUCCCAAGGGAUGGAACAAUGGCGUUGGACUUGUGUACAAGCGAACUGUUCAAGUGAUGGUGAUUGUGAUGGUUAUUUUCUUUGCACCUUUGUCGUUCACGUACUUCUUUGACGAGACACAUACAUCCAACCUGAGCGAUCAAGUUCUCGCCGUCCUAGUAUCCCCGGAAUUUGCGUACGGGGAGGGCUCGGCCACUUUGUCCGAUGUUAACGGGGGGCAGAUGGUAGUGUAUUUGCGCAACUUGACAGCCAUGUUCUCUCACACAAUUGCUGGUUCUAUCGCCAUCGUUAUUGGUCUAGUCCAAUUCAACACGACCCUGCAGUUCAAAUACCCAGUGAUCCAUCGAUAUCUCGGGAGAUUAUAUUUCCUAUGCGCCAUGAUCAUCACUUGGUCUUCGAGGUCUUUUUUAGCUGAUGCUAUACCAAAAAAGGAAGUUUUCUCGGGGGACCCCUUUGCAUAUAUCCUGUCGGUGCUCUCAAUCAGUGUCCCAUUGACCAUGGCCUGUGCCAUCUAUGCCAUUUGGAACCGCGACAUUAACUCUCACCGAGAAUUCAUGGUCCUUAACUAUGCAUCUAUGCUAUCGGCACCACUCCUAAGAGUGCAAUGGAUAACCCUGGGUCGACUCUGGGGCGAAACCAAAUACAUCAUCAACCUGUAUUCUGCUAUAUUCAGCGGACCAUUCUUAGUCGCAGCCUCCAUAUUCUACCUUCGCCAACGACAUGUCCGCCCCUCGAGUCCGCUUCUCAUCAGCCCUAAUACCCGCCUAAUAGCAACAGCGAGCGGCCUACUCGGCCUUCUCUUUCUGGCCACCAAGGGCCCAAGUUUCAACGGAGGACCUCGUCCAAAAGCAUUUUGGUUAGCACUAGGCCCACAAGUGAUCUGUUAUUUGGCCUUAUUCACUGCGUUUGCGCGUGCUGCAAAACGUCGCGGAGAUAUGCGGUCCUAUACAGCUUGGAUAACUUACCAGAAUGGGCUGAUUAGCGCUCCGAUGUGGAGUGUGCUUGUCCUGUAUAUGGCUCGGGAUCGUAUGGGCUAUUCGGAGGAAAGUUUGGGCGUGAUUACUGUUGCUGGAGGGGUUAGUCAGGGCUUAUUUGUCUCGUUCAUGGUUUAUGUCUUUGCAACUUCAACUUUGGGUAACUCGUCUCGUCGUGCUGUCAAGAGUCGUUGAGGUUGUUAUUUUGCUAUGGAUUAAGUUUGUCUGUCAUACCCUAUAACCUAGCAUGCAAUGAUAUCGGACUCGGUCAUUUAGGAUUUAAAAAUAAAGAAGGGCCAAAUACGGAUGGAUUAGAACCUGUCGAACUGAUUAAAUUAUGUCCGGAAAACCCUGCCCUAACUCGGUGGUGGUCAAACUCCGCAACAAAUUACUCAGGACCCCCUUACCAGUUCCAUGAACCAAUUUCUUCUGUUAGAUUAUUACACAAUCUCUUAUUUAUUUCUCGAAUUCAUCAUAUAGAUUGACUAGAUAACUCCGAUUGACUAAGAACUAGAUGGAUACUUGUAGAGGGUGGAUCUGUUCUACUUUUCUUCUUCCUUCUUUGUGUCCAUACUGUGAACCCCUACUAGGAAUACACCUUCAAUGAGAUGAUAAUAUAUAGUCUAGCAUGAUU